AAUAAUUCCCAUUUGUGAAAGCAGCAGAGUGUGGACGAUUUUCUGGCAGGUUUAGGGAGAGUGCAGUAACACAGGCACGCCCGUACCUGUGUCGCUCUUUCCCGUCUGUGGUCUGGUUUCUCCAUGUUUCUCUUUUCCUUGAACUCUCCCUGUCCCGAUUUUCAGAGAGGCCUGUGAAGUUUUAGUGUAAGGGGAAAUCCGUAAAGACAGGUCAGAAGCAGAUGCGUACAGAGAAGCGUAACACUGGCACCAUCACAGAGUGAUUUUGCCGUAGUGUGCUUUCAUUGUUUGUGGGUCGGGCCCUUCCUGAGCAAGGGGUAGUCUUUUCGAUAGAGUAACCCUUCUAGCUAAUCUGUGAACUUAUCUAGUUACCUCUUGAAUCCACCUAAACUUUCAGCAUCUACGUCAUCCUGUGGCAAGGAGUUCCCCUGGCUAACGGCAUGAUAGCUCGACAUGAACUUCAGUGAUCGAGAUCAUAUAAAAAGUAAACAGAACAGUAUUUUUUCUUCGGAGAGCUGGCUUCAGGAUUCUGAGUUUCUCCUGCCUUGCUGUCUUACCUGCGGCCUUUUCCUAAGACAGGACAUGGAGCUGUGGGUCCUUUCUUCCCUUUAGGUGCUAAUGAAGUUACUUCACCAGAGGAAAUGCAGAUCCAUGAAAUUCCGUUUUGUGCAAGUUGUCGUUAACUCUGUUGGCAAUGUCUAUGAUUUUAUCUGCCUCUGUGGUCCGUGUGAGGGAUGGACUCCCGCUGUCUGCAUCUACUGAUUAUGAUCAAAGCACAGGAGUGCAAGAAUGUAGGAAAUAUUUUAAAAUGCUCUCAAAGAAACUUUCUCAGCUUCCUGAUAGAUGCACUCUGAAAACUGGGCAGUAUAAUAUAAACUUUAUCAGUUCUCUGGGAGUGAGCUAUAUGAUGUUGUGCACUGAAAAUUAUCCUAGUGUCCUGGCUUUCUGCUUCCUGGAUGAACUUCAGAAAGAGUUCAUCACUACCUACAAUAUGAUGAAGACAAAUACUGCUAUCAGACCGUACUGUUUUAUAGAGUUUGAUAAUUUCAUUCAGAGGACCAAACAGAGAUACAACAACACACGUUCUUUGUCAACAAAGAUGAAUCUUGCUGACAUGCAGACAGAAAUCAAACUGAGGCCACCUUAUCAAAUUUCCAUGUCGGAACUGGGUUCAGCUAAUGGAUUUGCACAUUUGUCUGCUACGGAUUAUAAGGGUACUGGUAAGAUAUCUGCUGAACGAAGGGGAAGAUUUCAGUUACGUUAUUGCAUUUUUUCUUGGAACAGCAGCCUGUUUGUACCAGUUUCUAGUCUUCUGAAGAAGAAAAUGAGCAAGAGUAACAGCUGUCUUCGUUGUACCCACAGUGCAAAGAAGUGUCAGGAACUGAACCGUCAGUUGUUUCUUAGCAUUUGUUUAAAAAAAAGAAAAAAGAAAAGACCAAAGACCUCAGGAAUUUCAUUACAGCACUGGUUAGAGGAACAUGUUAGAACACAGUGUCUUGGCCUUCUGACUGCUGCUGUUUUUUUGUUACCUAUUUGUGUAUUACACAGGCUGGAGGAAUGUCAAAUCCUUCCUGACUUUUGGGUUAAUUUGCCUGUGUAACAUGUAUCUGUAUGAACUGCGCAAUCUGUGGCAACUCUUCUUUCAUGUGACUGUGGGAGCAUUUUCUACGUUACAAAUACGACUGAGACAACCACAGGGGAAGUCCCCAGAUUACAAUGUCUGACAAGUCCUGGAACAUUUCAAGGCGAUCUUGUUCCAGCAGUUAUUCACUCUCAGGAAUGUAAAGCUGUUCUCCAAAAGAAGAAGCUAGAUGGGACUUUUUAUUUGUUUUGUUCUUUGUGUUCUUUUUUUUUUUUCCGGUAAAUCAGUGUAAGAUGCCUAAGAUGCCUGUGGACAUUUUUCAGUCGAUGGUUAAACUUGUUUUUAAAGGAGACCUGAAGACACAAAAGAAUACUGGACUAGAAGAGGAAAAUGGGUCGUAUCCAUCCAGUGAAAUGUAUGGGGGGCACCAGGUUUGGAGAAUUUGGCAGAUGACAUGAAAAAGCUUCGUCAAAAGUAUGUUAAUGGAAGGAAUGUAUUGGAGUGUGUCCUGCAUAUCAUGCAAGCUCUUUACUUACAAAAUCAGUUUUGCCUUUGUGAGGCAGUAGGGGAAUAGGCUAAAUUUGAGAAGAAGAAAAAAAAAAAAAAAAAAGAAGCUAUUGCAUAUUAGUAGACUAUAGCUGGAAUGUGUAAGAGGCUAUGUUUUGGAACACUUUGUUUCUCAUUGACACAUACGUGAAAGGUUUCCUAAUUAAAAUGUAACCUGGAAAUGCUCUAGUUUCUGGGGAUCAGCUUUUAGACACUAGUGGCCCUCUGUCUAGUGCUGUAAAUACUUGCACAUUUUUUUUCAUUUGUUUAAUUUGCUCUUAAUUACCUUUUGAAAGUGAUCUCUGUGGGCAUGGUUUAUUUUUAGUAAUUAUCCAGCAAAAUUCUGCCACUUAACCCACCAUUUUUGCGCUCUUCUCUGUUUGAACUCAAGAAAGAUUGAAAAGAAAUGGUCUGGUGAGUAGAUGGAGUGACUUUGAUUUCUUGGCUCCUCUUCUUCUUCUUAUUUUUGAAAUAGAUAAAUAAGCAACUGGUGACAGGCAAGUAAUAAAUCAGUCUAAUUAGCUUAAACAAGAAAAGAACAGGAAUUUUGUUUCUUCUGCUGGCUUUGUUUGAUUGUGCUGGAAUAGAGCUUCCUUGGUCUGGACUGGUGUUUGAGAGAACCAUUGUAUAUUCCAGAAGUUUGUGAAUUAACCAGCAAACAACAGAUACUUAGAAAACAGAAUUGCAACCAUGUGGUGAUGUGGUACCAUCCUCAGUUACAUCAUUGUUGAAUUUUGUUUUGUUUUUUACAAUUACACUUCAGUUAUUUAUGAUGUUUCAUAAUGUACAAAUAGACAGAUAAAGAUAGAUGUUGUAUAUGGCCUGGAGUAAUGUAAGGGUUCAGGGAAGUGCUUAAAGAAAAAAAAAAACUUUAACAGCAGAGAGGUUGCCAUGCUGCUUGUGUUGCUGGAUUUGGGGAUUGGCAGGGCUUUGCUACAGCUACAGCUACCGUGAAGUGUUGCUUCUGACAAAUUUCUGAGGGCACUAUCCACCAAAAGUUACGUGUUUCAGCAAGCUGGAGUCAGAUUACGACAGAGAAGAAGCUGGAUACUUAUUUUCUUUUUAAGAGUGGUCAAGAAAAUCUAGGUAUCUUAAGAUGAAGAAGAAUUAGAGAAUGAAAUUGCAGUCUUAAGUGAGCAGCAGUGAUACUUAUUGUAUUAUUCAUAAUGUCUGUUUCUCAGACUGAUACGUGAGACUAACACCAUGAAGAUACCUUGAUGUGCAGCAUCCCACACUGGUGUUGCAGGGGAUGUGCUUUGCGGGCAAGCCUCUCUCUCCCCUGCUUUGAGCCAGAAAAGUAGAGUGCAUUCCUGAGCCCAAUCUGCUUUUGUUUUGGGAACCAGGAAGAUGAGGAAGAGAUAAGGAGGAGGGUAAGCGUACAAGAAUUUUAGGGGAUGUUUAACAAUGAAUAUUUAAAAAAACCCAGAAGAACAGAAAACACAAUCUGUGUUUAGCACUUAAAAGUUUGCUUGUAUUAGCUUUUAUGCAGCUUUCUGAAGUCUGGACACAUGAAGUUGUAAAAAGCGAUCCUUUACCAUUUUAAGUCAAGGAUUGAAAGAUAUGGGUAUUUAUGUUUAGAUAUAAAACCAGGUUUAAUCUUGCUUAUAAAAUCUACAGGGGUCUUUCUACCUAUCUCUUUACUUCACCUCAGUGGAUAGGCAGGGCAACUGUUAGGAAUGCCCCAAGUACCACUGUGACUUCUGCUACCGUGCACGGGGAGACUUUCCUGUUGCAUCCUCUCUUGGGCAUGUCUGACAGCAGGUAAUCAUGUUUAUUUUCUCUGAGACUUCCUGCUGUUUCUAAAGAUGCAUUUUUAAGGAAUGAAAAUUUCCUUUGCCAUAACAUCUGGAGCCAUUAUUCCAUUACAGUUAUAUUGGUGUUUAAUUAACUGCUGAUUAACAGAUAUAAUGAACAAAUACAACUGUCAGAGGACAGCUAUUUUUUGUUUUCUUGUUUUUACAGCACUGAUAAAAAUCCCAGUUCACAGGGAAAAGUUAAUAUUUGGUCCCUAAACAUGACUGUUCUUCAUCACCUGAUAGUACUGUGUGCUUAAAAAAAAUGACUUUUGUGUGUAUGACUUUAGUAUGACUGUAAUAUCUGAACUUGGAGGAGAUUUUUUGUAAGAUUAGAAACAUGCAAUGCUUAUGGCCAGGUUGGAGGUGCAAGUUUUCUGUAAAAAUUGCCAAGAUUUCACAAUUGCUUGCACAAAGCCAGUAUUAAGAAAAACAGUUGGUGCUUCCUGGCUGAUUUCACCAGAUUCCUGAGUAUAUACAGAUACUUAACAAAAAUGAAUUUCUGCAUCCAUCUACUCUCUUGAGCAACAUGCUUUAUUUUAAUUUGAAUUGGACAAGGCCAUUUCCAGUGCCUAAUGUAUUCUGUAGGAGUUAGCGGAAGUGGAACCCCCUCAAUGCUGUAUUUACUAAGUAAGCCCUCUUUGCAGUUGGAAUGAAUACAUCCAACACCCAAAAUAUCAUAGUUUUCUUUGAAGAAAAUAUGACUAUUUACAUUCACUUUCAAUAUGGAAUCGCCAAACAUUUGACUGACUUUCACGAGGUCUGCAGUGUUGCUUGAGGUUUGAUUAUCUCAAGCAGAGGUAAUCAAACCAGAUUUGAUUAAUCCCCAACUAAUCAGAGUCCCCAACUUCAGCUUCUAGACAUUAAAUGCGUAACUUCCUUGUGUAGUCCUUUUUAAUGUCUGACCUUUUUGACAGGAGUCUGUUGUCUUAUUUUGAAUAUCCAGGCUGAAACCUGGGGAUAAGAAUUUUUCAUUUGCAGAUGGUCAGAUUUUGCUAGGAAGUAAUGUUUUUUUGUUUUUUUUUUUUUUAUGUGUGCUACUUGGACUGAUUUUUAGCUAUAGCAAAGCUGGUAUAGACCUAGAAGGUGAUGGAAAAUGCAGUUUCCUUUGCAGACAUCGUGUUUAUUCAACAUUCACUAUGGAUUUUUUAAUAUAAUAGUGGUCUUUUUAUCAAAGGAAUGAGGAACAUCUGUUUAGGCGUAUUACCUUUCAGUUCCCCAUUUCCACUGCAGGUAUUGUUUGAAUAUGUUUUUUGCUUUCAUGUUUUUUAUUGAACAUAGAAGCCCAUUAGUGCUUGCAAACAUUAAAUGUAUGCACUUUGGAAUUAGCUUUUUGUCAGAAUAAGUACUGUUCCGGAUAUAUGUGUUACCACAGCUUUCUGGAUGCUGUUAAUAUAAAGGGAUGUGUUACAGAAGGGUGUUUUUGUCCUGAUUGGGGUAACUGAUGAGACGGGUUGCAGUAGAGAGUCUGCUUCAGUGGGAGCUGCAGACCUGUGCUGACGAGAGCCCAGCUGAUUGACUGCUCAGCGGGGCUCUGAGUAAGUUUGGAGCAUCUAUGUACGUGUGCAGUUGCAAUUACAGCUGGUCACCUAUUCCAGAUACCUGUUUGGUAAGGCUGAACAACUUAAUGGCAUCUGUGCUGGUUUUCUUUACUUGUGAAAUUGUAGUUUAUCAUCAGUUUUAUUGAUCAAGUUCUUUUUUAGUGACCUUCUCGGAGCAUUUUUAUCAGUUAAUUAAACUCUCUGUAUGCUAUCGUGGCUA